CUCCUUUCCAAUCCCAUCCACCGGAAAAAGUUGAGAAGUUCUUGCUUGAUUACCAAACUCUUACAACCUCUAGAUACACAUACAAUGACAUAAUCAAGAUGACAAAGAAGUUCAAGCAUAAAGUUGGGCAAGGUGGCUAUGGCAGCGUCUUUCAGGGAUGGCUGUCCAACGGCACAGUAGUGGCUGUAAAGCUAAUCGAAAAGUCACAUAACGACGGGGAAGAAUUUUGUAAUGAAGUUGCCACCAUUGGUAGGAUCCACCAUGUCAAUGUGGUUCGCCUUCUUGGCUUUUGCGUUGAAGGGUCUCGAAGAGCACUUGUAUAUGAAUUCAUGCCAAAUGGUUCACUUGAGAAGUUUACAAACAACACAGAUGUAGGCCAGUGCUUGUUAAGGGAAAGGCUAUAUGAUAUUGCACUAGGGAUUGCUAGGGGAAUUGAAUAUCUACAUCAAGGCUGUGAUCGAAGAAUUGUCCACUUCGACAUCAAGCCGCAUAACAUUCUUCUAGACCACGACUUUACACCAAAGAUUUCAGAUUUUGGCCUAGCAAAAUCAUUUUGUAAGGAGCGAAACAGCGUAACUAUUACAGAAGGCAAAGACACAAUCGGUUAUAUUGCUCCUGAGUUAUUUUAUGGCAAUUCCAGGCAUGCGUCACAUAAAUCUGAUGUUUAUAGCUUUGGAAUGCUACUGAUGGCAAUGGUUGGGUUGAAAGAAAAAAUUGGUCCGGCUGAUGGAUCUUCUAGUGAAGCGUAUUUUCCUCAGUGGAUUCAUGACACUAUUUCUAAAGAUCAGAAGUUUGAAGGCAUUGGAGAAGAUGAAGAUGAAAUGGUACGGAAGGUAGCCACUAUAGCCUUGUGGUGCAUACAAUGGAGUCCAAUUGAUAGGCCAUGUAUGAAGGAAAUUGUCAGGAUGUUUGAGAGUAGCACAUCAAACUUGACAAUGCCUCCCAAACCUUUUUGCCCUGCAAUUCAACCCGACUACAUGAUUGAAGCUCUUGACUCUUCAUCUACAUAUUCAGGACUGCGGUGAGAUUACCAGAAGCUGAAGCUUGAGAAGUCGACAUUGGGAGGGUGAUGAAACAGAAAUUUAGCUUUGCUAAUUGCUAAUGAAGUGAAUAACUUUUACCCUCA